AAAAAAUAGUAAAUAAAUAAAUAAAUAAAAUAAAAAUCUAGAAAUGAGGUAGAGACAAAAAUUGAACGAGUGGUCUUCAAUUAAAUAUGGGAUAAUGAAUAAACCUUAAUGAUUCUUUUUAACAUAUUUGAAUAAUUCUUAAAAGCGCGUAUCUCUUGUUACUCAGAUGGUUUGGGAGAAAAACGAUGGAAAAGUACCCAUACUGAAGAUAGAUAGGUAUUGUAUGAAGAGGUGCAUGACUUUGGGUUCUCAUUAAUGUUGCAAACACAUAAUUGCCAGCUAAAAAUUAAUUUAAAUACGUUUUAAGCCUGUAGAUAAAUAAAGGGAUGAUAUCAUUUUUGUUGAUUACGCUUCAUUGAUGAGAAACUGCCAGCUGUCAAAACCUACCUCGUUCGUUCGCGAGAAAAUAUUUUAAAUUUGAAUACUGAAAUUGGUAGUCCUCUCAAUAUUAACAGGCGUUUCAGGAAAAAAAAAACAAAAACAAAAACAAAACAAAACAAAAAAAACAAUUACGGAGGAAAAAUUUUUCCACGAACCAAGGGAAACUACAUGUAAAUCAUGCUUCUUUCAACAACCGCCAUAGUGUUCGUUGUAAUCGUUACACUUGAGGUAACCAUCAUCGUCACAGGAAACGUGUUCACCAUUUUUGUUUUCUGGACCCAAAGACUCCGCUUGAAACGAACGUUUCUUCUCCUGAUAAACCUCGCUGUGGCUGAUUUACUUGUAGGACUAGGAGAAGCUCUGGUUCUCGCGGCUAACACAAUUCCCAAUGGUGGAAACGAAGAAGAGAAAAUAGAAAGCCCUUGGUGGGCAUUCCAAGUAUUUGGCAGCAGUACCUCAGUGCUCUUUCUCGUUCUAAUUUCGCUGGAACGUGUUUACUCCGUGCUGUGGCCAUUUCGUCAUCGUGUAACAAGUACUUGUGCUUACGUUUACAGCAUUGUUAUCGUCUGGGUAACUGGAGUUUGUAUGAGUGGAGUGACGUUGUUAAAGAUAUAUCUUAUAGACGGUAUGUAUGCUGCUGCCACCUACGCUUCGGCUCUCUUUGUUUCUCUGCUGGUUAUUUGUACAAGUUACCUAACGAUCCGUUUGCGGUUGCAGAGUACAGCACCUAUAUCAGAAUUCCAAAACCAAGCAUCAAGAGAAAAAUCGUUGCGAAUGUCUAGGACAGUUUUCAUAGUGGUCGCUGUAUCGCUUGUCUUUUGGUUUCCCACUUUCGUUGUGAUCACUAUAAGAGACUUCUGUUCAUGUUUCUCUCCGCUGGCGGUGUGGUUUGUGGUUGUUCUACAGCUUGGGAAUUCCAUGGUAAAUCCAUUUGUUUACAGCUUUAGGAUGCCAAUUUUUGAAGAUGCUCUUAAGAAAUGCUGGAGAAAGCGUCGACAAAAUAUUGAAUUAAGACCUUUCCCGAGGAAACCGCACAAUGCGGAGUGCAACUUGUGAAAUAUAGUACGAAUUUUCAAAGGUUCGUGGCAGGCUCGAUGGCCUAAUACAUGUAAUUAUCAUAUUAGUUUCCGAUCGAGUAAUGGAGUCAUUGUCAGUGUUGUUUCUUUGGGCAAGGUACUCUCACAGAACUCACGGUGUCUCUGUCUCCCAAGGUAAACAUGGAUAUCCGCCAAGCUGAUGCUGGGGUCAUCUCAGUGAUGGAUUAGCAUGCUUUACCACCGAGACGGAUUUAUUUAUCUUAUUGUAUAAUAACUUGAUUUCUUGCACACUUGACCGAUAUUUGCGUUUUUACCAUAAGGAAAUUCUUCAUCAGUUUGCGAGAAAGAGGUGACGUUUAAUUCAUUAAAAUAUUGUAAAAUUUAAUUGAAGAGUGUUUUAGAAUGAAAGCCGUAGUAUGACUUAUCGAAUCUUUGUUGUUAUAGUAAGUACAGUCCAAGUUUGCCGAUGUUUCAAAGAAGGAAAGUUCUUCUUUAGAGACAAGUGUCCUAUGUGUAAUUUUUCAGCAAAAUUCUAUAAGUUUGUUCAGUCGAUUUGCAUAUAAUUUUCAGUUGCUUAAAACAGAUUUUUUUUUUUUUUUU